UUGCUCUCGGUGUGCAGCCCGCAGCGGAGCAAACUGGCGGUGGCAGGAAGACACAACAUUGUGGAGAUCCAUUCAUGUGGAUAUUUGACACGCAACCGAUACCCAUGAGAGUUUUUUUAGUAUCCGUUCGAUCAAAUAAGCCUUGUUUUUUGGUGUUUGUUGCAACUUUUGCGAUCUUUUCCUGUAAUCCUUCGUUUACUCUUUCAAGUUUUGAGCGUUUUUGAGGACAUGUCUCGUAAGAAGGCUUCCAGGGGUAAAAAUACAAGCAGCCCCGCCGGGAAAGGCAGUGGCGGGAAAGGUGCGAGUCUUGUGCAGAUGAACGGGGUGGUCCAUCCCAGCAGACCCCCCAUCAGCAACAGCAGCGAGUUUUACGACAUUGCAUUUAAGGUGAUGCUCAUCGGUGACUCAGGUGUGGGCAAAACCUGCCUUUUGGUCCGCUUCAAGGACGGAGCUUUCCUGGCCGGCAGCUUCAUCUCCACAGUGGGCAUCGACUUCCGGAAUAAAGUCCUCAGUAUUGAUGGAGUCAAGGUCAAGCUGCAGAUCUGGGACACAGCCGGGCAGGAAAGGUUCCGCAGCGUCACCCACGCUUACUACCGCGACGCCCACGCGUUGCUUCUACUCUAUGAUGUCACCAACAAAACAUCCUUUGACAACAUUCGGGCGUGGCUGACGGAGAUCCACGAGUACGCCCAACAGGAUGUGGUACUCAUGCUCCUCGGAAACAAGGCGGAUGCCACUCAUGAGAGGGUGGUGAAGAGAGAAGACGGUGAGAGGCUGGCAAAGGAGUUUGGGGUUCCUUUCAUGGAGACCAGCGCCAGGUCAGGUCUCAAUGUGGACUUGGCCUUUACUGCUGUGGCCAGGGAGCUCAAGCAUCGUUCUGCGAAGGAUCCAAGUGAAAACUUUAAGCUGCAGGAGUACGUCAGCAAGGAGGUUCAGAGCGCCGGCUGCUGCAGGUCCUAAGGAGGUCCUGAGGAGGUCCUAAGGAGGUCCUAAGGAGGUAUCCUCAGCAAGUUCAAGUCCAAGUUGAAUAAAAUCAGAGACUCUUUGUUAAGAACAGAGCACCCCGACAUCCGUUAAGUUGAACCUUCCACCAUCUUGACAAUGUGCUUUUCUUCAAUAUUACAAUCCUUGCUGUCGCUCAGUUCAGUUCAAUUGGCUUUUACAUUUUGGACACACUGUACGCUACAAGUCUUUCAUUGGACGCUCACGUUAGAGAGCGCGGCUCUUCUCAGUUCUUCUCAUCCUGGAAAAAGUCAGCUUCGAUAGAACUCAAGGCAAGCUUAAAAAUACACGCGCUAAAUCUACUUCACAGCAUAAUCAUGGUAAAAUACUUCAAUACUAAAAUAAAAAAAAAACUCAAUAAUACAGUCAUAAAUCGAAGAAAUUAUUUUUUAAAAAUCAUAAAUAAUGAAAUAUACUAAUGGAAUUAAUAACAGGACCUACCAAACAAAAAUGACAGUUCAUUCAUAUUUCAUUGUAUGUGUUUGGAUUUUUUUUUUUAUUAUAUUAAAUCGUGAGCAUAAUAAAAAUUAUCAUGGCAAUCAUGGUCAUAAUACAAAUAAUGAUUACAUACUGAAAUACAUAGUAAAUAAUACAAACCAAUUAAAUACAUAUAAGAAAUAAAUACCAAUAAGUAAAAUAAUAUAUAAUAACUACAAAAAUAAAAUAUUUGUACAUACCAAGGAAGAAUAUUAAUUAAAAUAUUUUCAAAAAUGUGUAAGUAAAAACACAUAAUAUUUUAUUUGACUUAUCUACGACUCACCAGAAAGAAAGAGCGGUCAGUGGCAGUGGUAAAUAAUCAUAAAAAUAAUAAUAAUAAGUCAUAAAGCCACCAUGUUGGACUAAUGCAUUAUGAAUCAACUUCUGCUCUCAGCUUGUGUCUUUCUUGUACUCUGCUGCCCCCUUGCGGUGGGCAGCUGCUGUGUUGGAACAUUUUUUCAACAUUAAUAAAUAAAUGCAGCUUCUUCGAAUGUAUAUAAGCUAUUUAAAAAUAUAUAUGUAUGUACUAUUGAUACAUUUGUGUGUAAAUAUUCAUGUUGGUGCAUGUGAAAAUGUUCAAAGAGGCCAGAUCGCUACGGAAUGAAGUAUUAUAUGGACGAAUGUGUACAUUGCUGUGUAUAAUAAUGACUUUAAUGAUUGCAUAACCACGGUGGUACAAUGCAUUGUCACUGUUGAAGUGCUUACGUACGUAUGUAUGUAUACGAGUCAGUAACGUCAUGCGGUGUUAUUCACAUUUUUCUACACUUGCUUUCGUCGUAGAAAUAAAUUUAACAUGCAGUAUUUCCUGUACUCUCUCAUGUUGGUAACAUCUAUUGUGACGAGUGGAACUCAGAUUGUACAAUAAAAACACAGUAUUUACACCU